AUGGCCAAGCCACGUGCGAGAAAGACGUGUACAGAAUGCAGUUUACGGCGGCAGCAAUGCGAUCGGCAGUUACCGUGCGGGCGAUGCGUCAAGCGGGGGAUUCCUGAUAAGUGCCAGUUGUAUUGGGAAGGGGGAAGAUACGAUCCUGCAAAACAUCGGGCUUACCCUUCGAAACAACGUCAAUUGAGGCCGACUCCGCCGGUCAACAGGACCAGGGGGAACAGGGCAGACCAGUCCCCCGGUUGCGGCCUGCUCCCAGGGUUAGCCGGCCCUGGCGCUGCAACAAGCUCUGAAGCUGCGGAAGUCGGGCAAUUGGCCAGAUCGAACGUGCCAUGUCCACGAUAUGUCUUCACGCCGUACGAGCAGGCACGGCUCCGGAAGAGCACCACUGCCGAAGUCGCUGGUGGGAAUGGGAUCAACUUGUCUAUCUUCUCUUCGACUGCUUCGGCCUCAGGCUCGGGCGCCUACGCCACUGCUGCCGCACAUGAAGCGUUUCUACAGAUGCUGCUGCCCAGCCUGGAUCACAUCUGGAAGCUUGUUGAUUAUCAUGAAGUCUAUCUCCUCUGGUAUCACUGUUGCUAUCAUGGACCGACCUUCAGGUCGGAACUCGAAAGUGUGAUUGCUGAGCAGGAAGAUAAGACGACCUUGAACGUUAGCAGACUCCAUCUGCGAUGGCUGGCCCUUCUCUUCUCCAUCAUGGCGGGCAGCUUGACCUGCACGUCCGACCGGCGGCUGAGGGAAUGGGGGUUUUCCAAGUCGGAAGCCGUCAAGUUAUCGAUGCAGUGGUACAAGGCGGCCAUCUCCAGUUUGAAUCAUGGCGAGUGGACAUCCGACCACGAUAUGUACUCGGUGCAGGCCGUCACAACGUUAACCAUGUCCGCCCACUCACUUGGCCGCUCUGCCGAACUUUCGGUUCUCCUAGGAGCCGCAACCAAGAUCGCCCAGUCUCUUGGACUAGACCGGCUGGACUACAAGCCGGCCCUGGACGAUAUCGACGAGAAUUCCUCCAAAGCCCAGCAAGACCGUGUGUUGAGGCGGGAGCUUGGGAGGAAACUGUGGUCUCAACUGUGCGUGCAAGACUGGAUGUCCCUUCCGUUUGCUGGCAGUCACAACAUCGAUCCGUCUCAUUUCACCACCACGAGACCAUCCAGCCGGAAUCACCUGACCAUGGAGCCUUUUCCGACCACGUUCCCAACGUACAUCAGCUACGGAAACUAUCUUUUCGACAUCGCCAAAUUGGUCGUGCAGCACCGCAAGGCAAUGCUUCAGUCCACUACCCCCUUCACCAAGUACCAGCAUGUCCUACACUACGACACCCAAAUGAGAGACCUGGCGACCAAGGGGAUGCCUAGGUAUUUUCAUGUGGUGGAACCGGUUGAUGCUUUGUGGCCAGAAUGGGUUCAUUGGGCACGAUCCAGCCUCACCGUCUGUUUCGCCCAUAAGAUCAUCAUGAUCCAUCGCGCCUACAUUCGACAGAGUUUUACCAAUCCCGUCUACUCGAGGACACGCAUCACCUGUACAGCUGCAGCGAAGACGAUCCUCAACGAGGCCAAGAAGGCCAAGGACUUGGACGGUCCGAUCAUCUGGAUCGACAAGGGCUUUUGCGUGGUCGCUGCGAUUAUUCUUUGUCUUGAUAUCUUCCAUCGCUCUGAAUCCGACCCGGAGCUGGCGACUCAUAAGGACCUGGUCUUGGAAUGUAUUGAACAGCUUCGAAUGUUCGAAAGCAGUGUCAUUGCCGUCCGAGGAGCCAACUUGCUGACCGAGAUUCUUGCCGAGAGGGGCCACGCCAGCUUUAGCCCGGGCCUGCGGCCACAAAGCAUCGAUUCAUCUAAGAGUUGGCUUUCAGUCUUGACAACACCGACUCCAGACGAGUCUGCUCCAGGUCUCCCGGGGCUGGAAUCCAAGUCCAAGUCGUCGGCAGAGUUGUUCCCCCCUCAAACCGGCUUCAGCAAUGAAUUCUUGUUCGAAAAUCUUCUGGGCCACAAUACCACCACGAGAUCGGGAGAGUGA